AUGACGGCGAAGCGAAACCGUAAAAAGCGCCGUGCUUCGAAUGUCUCAGAUCCAGGCAACUUAUUCCGAUCCCUUGCUUCAGCUAUUGCGUCCCCUCAGGUUUCUAAGCCGCCAAUCUUGAACCGUCUGUUGUACAUUCUGGGUCACUUCGCAUCAACUCAACCAGUAAACUGGGAGAAUUGCGACAUCGCUUCACAUCAGUGGAGUAUCAAGCUCAGUGGAGACCAAGUGGAAUUGAUCAAUUUCGAGGAUGUUUGUAACCUCUCUCAUGUUUUGUUCACAGAGCUUGAUAGGAGUUUCGAGAACCUAUUCUCUACUCUAUUCAAACAAAAUGCUGAAACUUGUCCAACAUUUGCAACUACAGAAGAAAGUAUUGGAUUAGCCAAUCUGUUCUUAAGAUGUUGUAUGAAGAUGGUGACUUUGCUUAUGCCCAAACAAGAGUUGGUUCUGGAGAAAGGCAGAACUCUUCUCUCAAUCCUCAGUCGACUGAUUCGCUCAACGAAUGGGGAUUGUUCUUUUGUAACCACUCAUGAAAGACCUUUAGAUCCCCGCCGUACAUUUCUUUGGGAAGGGCUUGAGGUUUUCAUGGAUGAGAUUUUGGUGAAUAAGUCAAUCAGGGAUCUGCUUUUCCUAGUCGAUUCAGCAUUCUCCUCCUGUAGACUGUUCAGUAAGCAUGAUAGAGCCGGCGUGGUGGAAAUGGUUUCUGCACAUUUUAUCAUCUCAACUUCUGAUGAGAAAAUGUGUGUUGAGAGAUUAUACUGGCAGCAAGAAAAUGCGUAUAGAACUCCUCAGAUAAGCUUGUGUGCUGCCGUGUCCUUGCUGCAAAACCCGGUGAUCUCCUCUGCACCAAGAAUGAUUCAAGCCUAUGUGGUUUUAUUGGCUUCUGAUGCCAUCGGUGUUUCUGCACCUCCAUGUGUUAAGGAGUUGGAGCUUCAGCUUAUUGAUCGCUACAUCGAUGCAUUUGAAAAGUCCGUUGGUUUAUACACAAGUCACAUGUGGAAGGGUGAGAAUGCCUCAUCUGGGAAGGUUUGUGUUUCGACGAGUAGCUCUCGGAAGGAUGUUGAACAUCUUCUUUGCCGCUUGACGCUGGAGAAAGUUGAUCAUCUCACAGUGAAGCUAAAGGAGUCAUGGAGUGCGCAUCAAAGUAACAAUGCCAAGAGAGAAAACUGUGAGCUGGUAGCGUAUUCUGUUGCAUAUGCGAAGGCCAGCUUAUGUGUGUUUGAUAGCUCCUGCUCGGAAACUAUGUUGUCGCAGACCUUUUCGAUUCUUGGCUGCGUGAUACUUAGAGCUAGCUCUGAUGAUGUCAUGGACUCUGUGCUGCAAAAAUACAACUCAUCUAGUAUGGAAGAUCUAUAUCUGCUUGCAUCCACAGUGAAGUUGAUGAGUUGUUCGAUGUUGCAAGCCAUCCAAGUUCUCAGGAACUGGAACUCGCAUGGAUCUGAAGCCGUAGGAGAUGUUCGAGCUUGCAAGGAAUACAAGGCCAUGAUGGAUGUUGUUCAACGUUUUGAACAGUUCAGUGUUCAUUUGCCCGGUCAAAGUUUCCUGUGGGAUAAAAUGAAAUCUCAUACUAACAGACAUGUGAAAUCUAAGUGGAUGGUUAUGCAUUUUUCAGGCUUAUUGUCUGUAAGCUAUGCACUCAAGCUUGACUAUCUAAUAAAGGGCUCCAUUUUUGGAAUGGUGGUAUCUCUGUAUUUGUUUGUCCUAGAAGGGGGUGACUUGGAAGCACUUUGGGAUUCAGUUUUUCUCUCAGAGAAUCCGUCAUCAUCCACACCAUCCAGUGGUUCCAAAGACUCGGAAGCCUCUGGUAAAACUGAGAAGACUACAGUAGAUAGGAAACUGAGCGGCGCGGUUGCUUUGAAGUUUCAAAAACUCAGAACUUUGUACUUGGGCAAGGUGUCUGGAGCUAAAGAUCCAGAGAAUGGUUCGGAUUCAGGAAUUGGUAUUGAAGAGGAAAGCUGCAAUGGAGAGAAAUUUCUGUGGUGUAUGGCCGGAAAAGGCAACCUGAGAAGCAGCGACGUGGAGGAGCUGGCAGAUUUCAUAGCGUGUGAGCCCGGUAAGGAUUAUUCCGAUUGGCUGAAAGGGAGAGAACGGUUUCGACAGCAACGGUGGAAGUUGGACAAGAUUGCUCUCCAAAGGUGGAACAAGAAGCAAAAAGCUUGGAGAGAGAACAAAAGGAAGAGCUGUUAA